UUUUUUCCGGACUUCUCAGAUUUCUUGAACGCUCUGGUGACGGAAGUCGGAGAGCGCGGUAUUGGACAUCUCCGACCCCGAAUUCAGUGCGUUCAACACAACUGUGAACUAGGUGAAAAAACGAGCUCGACUUGAAAAAUCGUUUUUAACGGUCAUCCAACUCGGAAUUACAAGUCGGAAACUCGUGCUUCAUCCAUUGUAUGCCAGCAGGUCAAACGAACGACUAAAAUAAACGAGUCACUCUGAAAAACGAAUCAUGGCUCUCAAGUCAACUGCACAUCAUGGUUGAUGCAUGCAACUUCUGCAGCAGAAUGCAGCCCACAACGCGAUGACUCGGGCACGUUGUUCUGCCCAGGCGUUGCUGACUUCUGCCAGAUCUUACAACGCCUGGAUGGUUGAUGCAAGCAACUUCUGAGCAGGGGAACACAACCAACAUCUCGACGGACCUUGACACACAUGGCGAGCCAAUCAAUCAAGUGCACCUGAUGUGUUAAUUUACCGUUAAUUUUUCUGAUAUGUCGGUGUCACUCUUCUAAUCUUAAAGUAAUUUCAGAUGGCUGGGGACAUAGCAGAAGCAAUUAGGUUGUUGGCGCAUCUCCGUGUCACAGAAUUACGUUCUCUAAUGGCUGCCAUGGGACAGACCAAGUGUGGGCUGAAGUCCAAUCUGCUGGUGAGGGCUGUGGGGGUUAUACAGACCCAGUGCAAUCCCCACCUGCUCACAGUCGUGCGUCAGCUCUACCAGGAACGCUACUCCGACCAGAUAGUUCCUGGCAGCAUCCAGACGACUCCAGUAAGCCACCAGGAGGAGCAGACCAUGGCACCAGUGGUGGAGACAUCACACAACCCCACACAGCACACAAACAAUCUGACACACAACCCCACACAGCACAUAAACAGUCUGAUGCACAACCCUACACCGCACACAAGCAAUCUGACACACAACGCUAGAUUGUUCCAGAUGGUACCCCUUCCCUUCUACCAAGCCCUGGGGACAGUCCUACCCCCCACACAACUGGUGGGCUCUUUCUUUUCCGAAAUGCAAAACCAGGAGUUCAACCUCAUGCUAACGCCAAAGCAAGUGGAGCAGAACAGAAACUGCAAGGAGCUGCAACCAGGUGUUCCGAGUGUCCAGGUGGUUCUCAGAUUCUGCUUCACAGAGAGUCUUGGGUACAAGGAGGAUCAAUACCCACCAUGCCUGUCCAUCAAAGUUAAUCAGAAACACAUACCCUUACCGGAAAUUCACAGACACUGUACACCCAUCAACAUAACCCCAACGGUUUCUCUCAGCCUUCUCCCCUCAUUUCGUUUAUGUGUCUGGUGGAAGAGAUGUAGCAAAAGGUACUCUGUGGCUGUGUACCUGGUGAAGGUGCUGUCCCCCUCAGACCUCCUCAGUCAACUGAAGAGCCAAUCAGUGGAGAGUCUGACAUUCUGCAGACAGCGCAUCCAAGAGAAGCUGCGUUUCGACCCAGAAUGUGAGGUGACCACAACAGGACUACAGGUGUCCCUUAUAUGUCCGCUGGGGAAGAUGCGUCUGUCAGUGCCCUGCAGGGGGCGUAAGUGCAGCCACCUCCAAUGCUUCGACGGGACGUUCUACCUGCAGAUGAAUGAGAAGAGGCCCACCUGGACCUGCCCAGUGUGUCACGAGCUAGUUCCGUACAGCCAGCUAACUAUCGAUGGGCUACUGACGGUGAUCCUGGCGUUGGAGGGCUUUCAGGACAAUACAGAGGUAGAAUACCUGGCUGACGGCUCUUGGAGGUUUGUUAUAGAUGGCGUGAGCAGGACAACACAUCCAUCGGCACCAUUGGAGAAGAUGGAGGCCUAUAGUGCUAGUAGUGUGACUGCAACCACCAGAGCCGUGUCAAAGGAAGUCGUCACUGUGGACCUUACUCAGGAGUCAUCCGAGGACGAGGCUGAUGAGGUCACAAAGGUGCGCCAUAACGAUGACCUCUCCGACAGGAACGGGCUUCAUGAAGUUGCUCAAGGUUCUGUAUGGUCAUCAAUGGAGGGGAGUCAAGCUACAUGCAACCAUUUAAGCUACUGGUUGUACCCAAAAUACAUGGAGAAAAAAAUCUGACAAAUGGGAAACGGAUCAAUCCACUCCACCCGGAACCAUCAAGCGUAGAGGUCCUUGUACAUUUUGGCCAAUUGUUUUCUGAAUAAAAAUUGAAAUAGC